UUUUACUUGGUAAACUUCUUUAAAAAAAAAAAAAGUUUAAAUUGUUUAUUUUGAAAUAGUGAUAGAUUCAUAGGAAGUUACAAAGGUAGUGUCCCCUAAAGGGUGCAGAUGACAUAGUCAUAGUGCUGCAUCCAAACCAGGAGGCUGACCUUGGUCCAGGGCAUGUGUUCUGUGUCGUUUUAUCACUGUGUGGGCUUGUGUGUUUGCAGUCAAGGUACAGAAGCAGCCCACCCCCCACCACAAAGUUCUCCCGCACGCUGCCCCUUUAUAACCAUGCCUGCCCCUCCCAGCCCCGCCGUCCCUCAUCCUUGGCAACCACUGGUGUGUUUUCCAUCUCUGUAGCGUUGUCAUCUCGAGAUCACGAGGGAAAUGGAAUCACACGGUGUAGGGGCUUUUCUCACUCAGCAGUAAGCCCCUGAGAGCCAUCUACGUGGUGUGUGUACCGGCAGUCUGUUCCUUUUUAUCACUGAGUGGCAUUCCGUGACAUGGCUGUGCCACAGUUCGUUUACCCAUUCACCUACUGAGAGACGUUUUGGUUUCCAGUUUGGGGCUAUUACGUAUAAAGCCCACGUGGCCCGUCAGGUACAGGUUUUUGUGCGGACAUAAGUUUGCAUUUCUUUGGAAUAAAUGUCAGGAGUACAGUUGCUGGGUCGUAUCGUAAGUGUGUGUUUAAUUUUUUAAAGACAAGGAUGUCUACUCUUGUCACUUCUCUUUAACAUUGUACUGGAGGUUUUACACAGGGCAGUUAGUCAAGAAGAAUAAAGGCAUCCAGAUUGGAAAGGAAGAAGUAAAACUGUCACUAUUUGCAGACACUGUGAUCUUGUGUAUAGAAUAUUCUAAGGAAUCCACUAAAAAACUCUUAGGACUGAUCAGUGGGUUCAUCAGCACUGCAGGAUACACGAUCGAUACACAAAACUCAACUUUGUUUCUGUAUACUUGCAAUGAAUAACCUAAAAAUGAAAUUAAGGGAACAGUUAUAUUUACAGUAGAAUCAAAAAGAAUAAAAUACUUAGGAAUAAAUGUAACAAAAGAAGUGCAAAACUUAUAAUCUGAAGAGUAUAAAAUGUAUGUUGUUCCAAGAAAAUAAGGAUUCAAAUGAAUGGGAAAAUAUACUGUGUUUAUGGGUCAGAAGGUUUAACACUGUUAAGAUGUCCAUACUCCUCAAAUUGAUCUGCAGAUCAUGCCAGUCCCUAUUGGAAUUCCAGCUGGUUCCUUUGCAGAAUCCGACAAGCUGAUUCUAAUCCCUGAUUCAUAUGUAAUUUCAAGGGACCCAAAAUAGCCAAAACAAUCUUGAGAAAGAACAUAGGAGGAGCAUCCACAGUUCCUAAUUUAAAAACUUACUACAAAGCAACAGUAGUCAAGACAUUGGACUAGAAGAUAGUCCAGAGAUGAACUGAUGUGUCUGUGAUCAGCUGAUGGUGACAAGGGUGCCAAGACCAUCCAGUGGGGGAAACAAUAAUCUCUUUAAUAAGUGGUGCUGGGACAAUGGGACAUCCACAUGCCGAAGAGUGGGCCGGGCCCUCACCUGGCACCAUAUACAAAAAUCAACUCAAAAUGGGGUAAAUGACCCAAAUGCAAGAGCUAAAAAUCUAAAACCCUCAGAAGAAAACAGGGCAGUCAAUCUUCAUGACCCUGAAUUUGACUAAGGAUUUUUAUAUAUGAUACCAAAAACGUGAACAACUAGAGAAAAAAGAUAGAUACAUUUGACUUCAGAAUGUAAGACUUUUGUGACAGCAUCAAGGUGAACAGACAACCCACAGGAUGGGCGAAGGAAUUCGCGAAUCGUGUAUCUGGUAAGGGACUUGUAUCCAGAGUAAAUAAGGAACUCUUACAACCCAACAGUGAAAGACAACCCAAUUUAAAAACGGGCAGAAAUAGACAUUUCUGCAGGGAAGAUAUUCAGAUGGCAAACUAGCACAUGGAAAGAUGCUCGAUAUCAUUCGUCAACCAGGAAAUGCAAAUCACACCCACAGUGAGGCAACCCCUCACACCCGCUGGGCUAGUUACAUGCUGGUGAGCAGCACGUGGAGGAACCGGAACGCUUGCCCGUUGCUGGAGGGUGUGAAGUGUGCAGCUGCCGUGGGGGACAGGCUGGUGGCCCCCCCGAUGAGUCAACAGAAUCAGCUGCGACCCUGCAGUCCCACUCCUAGUGCACACCCCAGAGAAACGAAAGCACACGUCCACAUGAAGACUUGCGCGUGAUCUAUAGAAGCUUUAUUCAUGAUGGCCCAAAGGUGGAACCCCAAAUAGUGUCCCCUGAGAGACAAACGGGUGAACAAAGUGUGGUGCAUUCACACGGUGGAAUAUAUAACCUUUGCCCAUCUUUUCACAAACUAGGAAGCACAGGGUUGUACCUUUUGGGUGGGUGAGUUGUGAGGGGUGGGGACCCCAUCUCAAUCAAGUGGUUUUUUCCCAAACAGAGAAAUGGACUGUGUUCCAGAGUGGCGGCACCCGUCCCGUGUCCCGCUUCAGGCCGUGUGGCUGUCUUCUGUCCCAGCCACCCUGGUGGGUGUGCAGGGCUGUCUCGGUGUGGCUGCCUUUCCCUGGGCUAGUCGGCCAUGCGUCUGUCCUCUCUGGGCAAGUGUCUCUUUGUCCGUUUGUCUGUCUUCUCAUUGGAGCUUUUAACUGCUGAGUUUUGGGUUUUUCUCAUGAUGUGUUCUGGAUACGAGUAUUUUGUGAGGUGUGUGGCAUGUGGGCAUUUCCUCCUCCUCUGUCGCUUGUCUUUGCGUCCCCGGAACAGGCUCGUUGACGGAGCAGAAGUUUCCCAUUUUGAUGAAGCCCACGUUGUCCGUGCUUCCUUCCAUGCUCGUGCUCUCCAGGUGAACUCUGGAAACUUCUCACCAAGUCCUUGGCCUGGAAGAGUUUCUCUGCAGCCUCCCGCAUCAGUGGAUGUGAUCAUGGGAUUAUUUUUCUUUAGCUCAUCAAGGGCGGAUGAUACUGGUUGAUUCUCGAGCAUUGAACAGCCUUGUCCCUGGAACGGCCCCACUGGGGUGUGGGGCAUCAUUCAGACUCUGGUUCCACUGGGUCCUCAGUGCUUGCUCGGCCAUGAGCAGGGGUGUGUGGGGAGGCUUCCGCGGGGGCAGCACUGUGGCGGGGAGACCCAGAGGGAGGUCUAGAAGGAAGCCCAAGGAUGUGGGAGGUUUCGCUUGGGGAAGAGAAGGGCAGCCACUUGCUUGGAUGCUGUCCUCUCCAUAUCCGACCCCGCACCACUUGCGGGGCGGGUACCCAGGCGCAGGCCCAGGGGAACGGCUCACUGGUAUCUGGGCAAGGACUGGGGCCCAGGGCAUCCCUGAGGUCGGGCAGUUCCGGAAGCGAGGAGGUGCUGGACGUGCGAGAGCCCGUUCUCACGGUCGGCAGCUCCGUGUCAUCCUGUGGCGGCCCUCAAAGACUGCUCGCUUUCUGUCGGUCCCCCUUCUGGUGGCAGAUGUGAGUGACAUCAGUCGCUUCCUCAGCGCGUUCCACAAGCCACACGCGGGGCUCAUCCAGGCUGCCCAGCAGCUGCUCUCCGACGAGCAGGCUCCACUGCGGCAGAAGCUGCUGGCCGACCUCCUGCACACCAUCAGCGAGAACAUCGCGGCCGAGACCAGGGCCGAGGACCCGCCGUGGUUCGAAGGUUUGGAGUCUCGAUUCAGGAGUAAGUCUGGGUACCUGAGGUAUAGCUGCGAGAGCCGGAUCCGGAGCUACCUGAGAGAGGUGAACUCUUACGCCUCCGUGGUCAGCGUGGAGGCUCAGGAGGAGUAUUCCCGCAUCGUGGACAUCAUGUGCCGGGAGCUCAGGGCGGCGCAGUACAACGGCAGCUACUUCGACAGAGGCGCCAAGGCAGGUGGCCGGCUCUGCACGCCCGAAGGCUGGUUCUGCUGCCAGGGUCCUUUUGACGUGGACACCUGUGCAUCCAAACACUCCAUCAACCCCUACGGUAACAGGGAGAGCCGGGUCCUCUUCAGCACGUGGAACCUGGACCACAUAAUAGAAAAGAAGCGCACGGUGGUCCCCGCACUGGCUGAAGCUGUCACAGAGCGAGACGGCAGAGAAGUGGCCUGGGAGUAUUUUUACAGCCUGCUCUUCACCUCGGAGAACCUGAAGUUGGUCCACAUUGCCUGCCAUAAGAAAACCACCCACAAGCUCAGCUGUGACCCACGCAGGAUCUACAAACCACAGACGAAGCCAAAGAGGCGGCGGCCGGCCCGCAAGUGCCAGUGACAGGCCGCACGUGCCUCCUCCCCUGGGUGCGUGGGAUUCCAGUGGCUGUUAUUGAUGGCUCCUGGAAACACUUCAGAGAUCCUCACUGCAUUUCUGAAUCGGCCUUUGCACCUCUGAGAGCCCAAGCGCCAGGGGACCAGUUUGGUGCACGGCCAGGACGCGUGUGGGUCUGCAGGGACAAGGCCCUGUCCUCAGCUCAGGGGCCCCGCCUGACACGGCGUCGGGCCAGACGUGGCUGCACUGGCUGGAGGGACAAGUAGUCUGUGUCAGCUCUCGGGUGGGUCUCCACUCCCACGACAAAUGCAGAGCUCUAUCCUCUGGGCUUUUCUGAUUGCUCCCAAGUUACAGCCCAUCUGGGGUAAAACGUUUGUAUUCCACAAAGCACGUGCAAGGACACGCGCUGCCGUGUCGUUUAUGAUGGCAGAGAGUGGGAGACCCUCCACAUGUGUGUCCGUGGGGGAAGGGCUCUCUGUGGUCUUGUGCUGAACCACAGGAAACUGCUGUUCUUGUAAAUCAGAAAUGGUCAGAUGUCGCGAUUCAUUCCUACCCAUCGACGUUAUGUGAAGCUGUGUAGCAGUUUUGUGUGUUUCAGUAUGGAAACGGGGGGCUGUGCGUCAGGUGCACAAGGCGGUCAGUGGCUUCACCACUUGGAGUGUGACCUGCUGGUUUUAUAACUGCCUGUGCGUGUGUCGCACGUGUGUGUUAGUGCACGUGGGACAGUCUGCGAGGAAACGUGCCAUCUGGACAGCAAUAACCCUGGGGCCGUGGUGGGGGUGCGCUGGAUUAUAAAGGGCUAAUUUUCCAAAUCAUGUAUUUCAUAAAACUUGGAAGUUUUUGAAAUAAGCACUUACUUCAUAAUCUUUUAAAAUUUACUUUUUAAAGUCCUACAGAUUGUAAUAUUUGAAUUUUUACUUUUGUAUAAUCGUAAAAACCAAUAAAGAUUUUUCAGAA